CCGCGCUUUAACUUCACUGAUGCUUUAAGGAGCACCUGUCGUCCCAACAUCCUUUGCGUGUCCAAUAUGGAAGAACUGGUGGUGGAGGUCCGUGGCUCCAACGGGGCUUAUUACAAGGGCUUUGUCAAAGAUAUCCACGAUGACUCUCUCACCAUUGCCUUUGAGAACAAUUGGCAGCCAGAACGCCAGGUGCCCUUCAAUGAUGUCAGGAUGCUACCACCCGCGGACGGCAAGAAGGACAUUGGAGAGGGCGAGGAGGUGGAGAUCUUGUCCAGAGCCAAUGAUCAGGAGCCUUGUGGUUGGUGGCUGGCUAAAGUCCGCAUGAUGAAGGGGGAUUUCUAUGUGAUAGAGUAUGCAGCCUGCGACGCUACUUACAAUGAGAUAGUGACCUUUGAGCGUCUGCGUCCAGUAAACCCUAACAAGGCCAUCACGAAGAACUCCUUCCAUAAGUGCACUGUCCCUGUUCCUCAGGAUCUUCAAGAAGCGUGCCAGAAUGAGAACGCGCACAAGGAGUUUAAGAAAGCUGUUGGAGCCUUUCGCAUUUCAUACUGCCCUGAGACAAGCCAACUAGUGAUCGUGUCCAUGAAUGAGACGACAGUGAAGCGCGUGUCUUUGCUGAGUGACAUGCACUUGCGCAGCAUUAGGACCAAACUGCUGCUAAUGUCACGCAACCACGAGGCCACAAAGCACCUGGAGAGCUCCAGGCAGCUGGUGUCAUCUUUCCAGGAGGAAUUUAUGGUGAGACUGGACCUGAUGGGCCUGGCUAUCGGCAGUCAUGGCAGCAACAUCCAGCAAGCACGGAAAGUUGCAGGCGUCACUGCCAUUGAGCUGGAUGAGGAGACUGGCACCUUCAGGAUUUAUGGAGAGUCAGCAGAGGCAGUGAAGAAGGCCAGGGGCUACCUAGAGUUUCUGGAGGACUCUGUCCAGGUUCCCAGGAAUCUUGUUGGCAAAGUGAUUGGUAAGAACGGUAAGGUCAUCCAAGAGAUUGUGGACAAGUCUGGUGUGGUGAGGGUCAGGAUAGAGGGAGACAAUGACAACAAGCAGCCUCGACAGGAAUUGACACAGGGAAUGGUCCCAUUCACCUUUGUUGGUACUAAAGAGAGUAUUGGAAAUGUCCAGGUCUUGCUGGAGUACCACAUCUCUUACCUCAAUGAGGUUGAGCAGCUUCGUCUGGAGAGGAUGCAGAUUGACGAACAGUUGCGUCAGAUUACCCAGGGUCACCGACCAGCUGACAGAGAGAGAGGAGAGAGAGGAGAGAGAGGGGAGAGAGGAGAGAGAGGGGAAAGAGGAGGUGGAUAUAAUACAGAUGGUAGUGCUAAUGCCUCCUCGUCUUCUUUACACGUCACUCGUUCCUACAACGGACGAGGACGUGGACGCAGAGGCCACAGCUACAGCACCGGAUAUGGCACCAACUCAGAGCAGUCCAACGCCUCUGAGACAGACUCAGAGCGCAAAGAUGAGCUCAGUGACUGGUCCCUCGCAGGAGAGGACCACGACAGGGAGAGGGAGAGGGAGAGGGGACCUCGACCAUUAAGAGAUGGUCGCAGGAGGCCUGGACCGGGCAGAGGCCGUGGAGGGUCUGGAGGAAGGGGAAGAGGAGGACGAGGAGGAUACCACAACAGCUCUGCAGGUCCUCGGGAUCAUGAGGACAACCAUGCCUAUGGAGCCUCUGAGGUAAACACAGAGACAGACCAGACAGCUGAUACAGAUGCUAGUGAGUCCAACGUGCCUGCAAACCGCCGCAGAAGAUCUCGACGACGCAGGACAGACGAGGACGCCACACUGAUGGAUGGCAUGAGCGAGUCGGACAACGCCUCAAUGAGCGAAAAUGGAAUAGAUGACCCCGAAGCUAAACCUCAGCGUCGUAACCGUAGUCGACGUCGCCGCAUCCGCCUGCCUGAGGAAAGGCAGCCAGUGACCGUGGCUGACUACAUAUCCAGGGCUGAAUCUCAGAGCAGACAGAUGACCAAGGACGUCAAGAAAAGCAAGGACGUGGGUCAGGUGGAUGCCAUCGCCGAGCACAGCCCACCAUCUGCUCCAGCAACCACCAAUGGUUCCAAAAACAAUCUUGCCGAUGGUGAUGGCAGCAAUGCCCCUAGAGCUCCCAGGUCUUCCACUGAGAGGCCUGCCAAAGUCUCCUACCAGGGGGACUCUAACCUGCAACCUGUUGUUAACGGACUCUCUUAGUCAGACCUGAGCAAAGGAAAUGGUUUCAGAUAUUUUAAAUUCUCUGGCUGCACUUGAUUGAAUCUCCCUGUCUCUAGAGCAGGUUUAAAAUUGAAACAUUUAAAUACAACAAGCACUGUUCUUUUUUUACUUUUACAAAUAUUUGAAACCUGUUCCACUGCACAGGUUUUCAAGGUCUGAACCUUAACCUCCCCUUUACACACGUCUUCUGUCCAACUAUUCAUUUUACUACAGUUUUUGUACAAUAGUUCUUCCUGUAUGAGCUUGCCAAAGAUAGUCAAACACACACACACACACACACACUUACAGGCAUCUAUGUAACUGUGCUUUUCAGUCCACUCUUCAUUGAGAGCUCAGGGAGAGGUUGGACUGAAGGCACUAUUUAUAAAAUGCAGACAGGGAUUCCACUCAAACCCAUACUGUGGUGUGAAUGCAGCAGUUCUUUUUUUACCGGUAAAAAUGAUAUCAUAGCAGGGUUUAAAAAAAAAAAAUUAAAAAAAAGGUCUGCCAUUUACCAGGCGGGCUUAGAAAGAUGCUUCCACAACCUCUUUCAGGAUGUUUUGUGCACCUGAAACAGUUUGUAAAUUAAAUAUUCUGCAUGAGCAGUACCACAGUGCAGAUAGGUUUGUUGGAAACCCAAGUAUGUUUGACAUACAUGUGAUCAGCUGUUGUGCCUUGAGAGUAGAUUCAACAUGUUGUUGCCUGGCUCUGCACACCAUCUGAAAUCUUUUCACUUAUUUCUGUGUUACUGGUGACCAUCGUCUGCCACAAGUGAACCAGAUGAGUUGCCCCCUUGGUCUACAUGUAGGCAAGCGGAGGCAAACACUGAGAGACCCUGAAAGGAUUUCAGAGGCAUAUCUUUUCAAAAUCAGGUGUGUUUACUCUUAAUGUUUAUGGGGAAAAUGAGUCCAGUUAUCCUUUAUAUAUAUCUGUUGAGGAGUUUGACAUUAGCUGCUUUAUUUUUCAAUAUGCAACCACUUCAGUCAUAGAAGAAGUGUUAUUACAGCGUCUGGAAAAGAAACAAACAAUAGAUAAGUUGUUUUCUUUGCACUGAAACGUAAACUUUUUCUGUUUAAAAAGUUGAUUGUAGUCGAGUCUGGAAACUGGCCUGUUGCUGUUUAUUGCUGGACAGAGAUGUAGCCAUCAGUGCUGGUUUUCCUGGAAACAUCUCACUGCUGAACAUCCGGCAGUUGAUUUCAAAUUGUAGAGAUUAGAGGAUUUCAAAUUGAGAGAGAUACUGAGUACCAUUUCCUCCCAGAAAUUCCCUCUUACAUGCCCACUAUUUCAAAGUCCUGUUAAAGCAGUAAGAACCAGACUACCCCUGGUGUUGAGAUGUUUCUGGAAAACCAAGUCCAGGUGACAAUGAUGUCAUUUUCAUGGUUCUUCCACAGACUGGCUGGCUGGAAACUGGUCACGACUGUUCCACAAAAAGGAAGGAGAUUUAUUUGGUUUAUUUAUUUUGAAAAAUGUACAGUAUUUAAAAAAAACAAAACAAAACAAGAGAAGCCGUUCUUUUUCUUGACACUAAAACAUGCAUUAUGUAGGGUUUUCUUUUAGGACAUGACAAUUUGGACUACUGAGAGUUGUGACAUCCCAAGUGUUUUUGUUGGGUCAACUACAGUAUGUUUUUUUUGUGUUUUUUUUUAAAGGAUCGUUCUGGUUGGUUGAUGUGCAAUAUGUUUUGUAUGCAGGUAGUUCUUAAAUAAACAUGAUCUUCCAUGUAGAUCUAAAAUCUGA